GUAAUAAAGGGACGUGCGUGUGGCAUGCACGAGCCACAUUCAAAAUUAGUUCAAGUCGAGAGCCACAUCUCUUUUAAAUCAAAUUAUUUGAAGUAUUAUAAAUACGACGUACAUUUCCAAUUCAUAUAUCUAAAAAACAAUUUUUGAUUUAUGAAAAAAUAACGGGUCAAGAGUUCGGUGAACUUUUAUUGUGUGCGUAAAAUUCUAAAAAUAUUUUGCGGUGUAUGUGUUCCCGAAUGUGAAUUAGAACUUCCUGAACUUUUGCGAUGACGUGUAUCAAACAGGCGCGAAUACUUGUGUAAAAUUGUACUACAUUAAAAAACACGGCGGUUUUUACAAAGUAAAAACUAUUUGGUGUUCAGUUAAAUAAUUUUAGUUAUUUCGAUAACUUUACUAUGACCAGAGGUCCGACUAUAGUUCGGGUGGCUCCAGGGGGAGGCGGGUCAAGAGGAAUCAAGUGCUGCUGUUGUCGCUGUUGUGAGUGUCUCAAUUUCGGGUACUUAAUUUCAAAUCAUGGCAUCAUCAAGUUAGCCGAAGCUAUGCUCGGUGGUCUUUGCCAAAGUCUACUGGUAAAGUAUGGUAUGUCAGAAGCGAACAGCAUAGGAUCUGCCUUCCACAGUUUCUUGACAACAGCCUCCGCCUGUCUUCUUACGACAUCUCUUCUGAUCGCAUGCUACGUGCUAUCUUCAAAAACACAGCAGUUAAUACGGCAAUCCAUAUUUGAAUGCCUAUUUAAUGCUGUGGCGUGUUUCCUUUACUUCUCAGCGUCUUCGUACAUGGGAGUGGCAGUGAACCUUUAUUUGUACCAUAAGUACGCUCUCGUUAAUAUGUACGCAGCCUAUCCUGCUAUGACGGCCGUUUACGUAAGUUGUCUGAAAAAUAUGACUGAUUGCUGCGUUUCAUCAAACAAUGAGCAAUCUAGAUAUGAUCAAAAUUAUAACGAUAAAAGAUAAUGCGAUCAAAAUCAGGCGUGUUAUAUUUAGACUGUUUACGGGCUUUAAUGUUCAAAGUUUUUAGCAGUAUCACAAUUUUUUGUGAUAUUCCGAUUGCAUUAAUAGCCAAUUGCUUCUUUGGCUGAGCAGAUGAUUUCCCGUGCAACGAGAUGUUGAGUGCU